AUGAGCGCCGGGAAGAGGGGCGGAACUUCCGGGCGGGCUGUCACCCUCUUCCCCCCUUUUGGGCUGGAGGCUCCACCUUUUGUGUUUCCCGCACAGUCAAUCAAAAUAGGAAAAAAAAAAAUCCCCGGACCGCUCCGGCCGUGUCCGCCGCCGCUUCCCGCAUCCUCUCCCGCCGCCGCCGCCUUCGCUUCUCACCAUGUCCGAGAGAGAGCAACCCUUGCUGCCUCCGCCGCCGCCACUGCCGCCCACAGCCAGCCCGGGGCCGCCAGCGCCGGCUCCCGGCCCCGAGUGUGCGACCGAGUGCCCGCGGAGGCCGAGAGCCGCCCUGCCCUCCGCCUUCCCUUCCCUCCCCGCCAGCCAGCGUCCAGCCGUCCAGCCUCUAGCGCCGAGCGCCCGCCGGGCUCGGGCCGGGCGGGCCCAGUCCGCCGGGAGCGCAUCCCCCUGUGUGCGGGCGCGGGCGGCGGGCGGGCGUGUACAGGUGAUUUGGCUUCUGCACAGUUAGGAGGAGCACCAAACCGAUGGGAGGUUUUGUCAGCUACACCUACAACUAUAAAAGAUGAAGCUGGUAAUCUAGUACAGAUUCCAGGUGCUGCUACUUCAAGUGGGCAGUAUGUCCUUCCCCUUCAGAAUUUGCAGAAUCAACAAAUAUUUUCAGUUGCACCAGGAUCAGAUGCAUCAAAUGGUACAGUGUCCAAUGUUCAGUAUCAAGUAAUACCACAGAUUCAGUCAACAGAUGCUCAGCAGGUUCAGAUUGGCUUCACAGGCUCCUCAGACAAUGGGGGUAUAAAUCAAGACAGCAGCCAAAUUCAGAUCAUUCCUGGCUCUAAUCAAACCUUACUUGCCUCUGGAACGCCUCCUGCUAAUAUCCAGAAUCUCAUACCACAGACUGGUCAAGUCCAGGUUCAGGGAGUUGCAAUUGGUGGCUCAUCAUUUCCUGGCCAAACUCAAGUAGUUGCUAAUGUGCCUCUUGGUCUGCCAGGAAAUAUUACCUUUGUACCAAUCAAUAGUGUCGAUCUAGAUUCUUUGGGACUCUCGGGAAGUUCUCAGACAAUGACUGCAGGCAUUAAUGCCGAUGGACAUUUGAUAAACACGGGACAAGCUAUGGAUAGUUCAGACAAUUCAGAAAGGACUGGUGAGCGGGUUUCUCCUGAUGUUAAUGAAACGAAUGCUGAUACAGAUUUAUUUGUGCCAACAUCCUCUUCAUCACAGUUACCUGUUACAAUAGAUAGUACAGGUAUAUUACAGCAAAACACAAAUAGCUUGACUACUGCUAGUGGGCAAGUUCAUUCUUCAGAUCUUCAGGGAAAUUAUAUCCAGUCGCCUGUUUCUGAAGAGACACAGGCUCAGAAUAUUCAGGUUUCUACAGCACAGCCUGUUGUACAACAUCUACAACUUCAAGAUUCUCAGCAGCCAACCAGUCAAGCCCAAAUUGUGCAAGGUAUUACACCACAGACAAUCCAUGGUGUGCAAGCCAGUGGUCAAAACAUAUCACAACAGGCUUUGCAAAACCUUCAGUUGCAGCUGAAUCCUGGAACCUUUUUAAUUCAGGCACAGACAGUGACCCCUUCUGGACAGAUAACCUGGCAAACGUUUCAAGUACAAGGGGUCCAGAACUUGCAGAAUUUGCAAAUACAGAAUACCGCUGCCCAACAAAUAACUUUGACGCCUGUUCAGACACUCACGCUUGGUCAAGUCGCAGCAGGUGGAGCCUUGACUUCAACUCCAGUUAGUCUAAGCACUGGUCAGUUGCCAAAUCUACAGACAGUUACAGUAAAUUCUAUAGAUUCUACUGGUAUACAGCUACAUCCAGGAGAGAAUGCUGACAGUCCUGCAGAUAUUAGGAUCAAGGAAGAAGAACCCGAUCCUGAAGAGUGGCAGCUCAGUGGUGACUCUACGUUGAACACCAAUGACCUGACACACUUAAGAGUACAAGUGGUCGAUGAAGAAGGGGACCAGCACCAGGAAGGAAAGAGACUGCGGAGGGUGGCUUGCACCUGCCCCAACUGUAAAGAAGGUGGUGGGAGAGGUACCAAUCUUGGGAAAAAGAAGCAACACAUUUGUCAUAUACCAGGAUGCGGUAAAGUUUAUGGGAAAACCUCACAUCUGAGAGCUCAUCUGCGUUGGCAUUCUGGGGAGCGCCCAUUUAUUUGUAACUGGAUGUUCUGUGGUAAAAGAUUUACACGGAGUGAUGAAUUACAGAGGCACAGAAGGACACACACAGGUGAAAAGAAAUUUGUUUGUCCAGAAUGUUCAAAACGCUUCAUGAGAAGUGACCACCUUGCCAAACAUAUUAAAACACAUCAAAAUAAAAAAGUUAUUCACUCUAGCAGUACAGUGCUAGCAUCUAUGGAAGCUGGGAGAGAUGACACCUUGAUUACUGCAGGAGGAACGACACUUAUCCUCGCAAAUAUUCAACAGGGGUCUGUGUCAGGGAUAGGAACUGUCAAUACUUCUGCCACCAGCAAUCAAGACAUCCUUACCAACACUGAAAUACCUUUACAGCUUGUCACAGUUUCUGGAAAUGAGACAAUGGAGUAAAUAUUACACAAAUACUUAUUCAUUGUGGUUAUUUUUAUACAGUAGUGAGAAGAAUAUUGUUCCUAAGUUCUUAGAUAUCUUUUUAUUGAUGUGCAAAAAUUUUUGGAUUGACAGUAACUUGGUUAUACAUGACACUGAAAUGCCUUACUUUGUAUGAUAUUCCAUAGUAUAUUAAAAAAAAAUGGUAAAAUUGCAUGGGUUUUGUAGGUACUUUUGGAAUCUAGAAGAAAUGAAAUUUUACCAAGUUAUAUAAAGAGAAAAUUGAAUUUAACAAUGCGAAUGGUAGUCUAACCAAAUGCAUCAAUCCUGUGUGGUUUAGUGUAAAAAUGAGAAACUGUUGGUAUUUAUCUAUUGUAAGAUAAAAAAAAAAAAAGUUGGUGGGUGAAAGAAAUCAUGUUAUGAUAAAUUUUUGUAAUUUUCUUGAUAACUGGAAUUUUUAUUAUGCAUAACUGACAAAUCAAGUUUCCAAGCAAAUGUUACAUAGUGUAGGCUUUACUUAGCUUAUCAAUUUGUCAUUUUGAAGCUAAUUAUUUUAAUUAGGUUAACUGUACAAUAUUUUAAGCAUUACUCUUGUAAGAUUUUGAAAACUACAUUUUAACAUGGACCUUUAGGGAUAGUCACCUUUUAAAUCCUGUUGAAAAGCCAUGUUUAAGAUUUAAUUUGCCAAAAUAAUGUCUUGUUAAUAUUCUUUCAAUAAUGAAGUUGGGCAAUAUAACCAAUGUUUUUAAAAAGUUUAAAAUGUGUAGGUUGAAGCAUUUGGGUGGUAAAAAAAAUGUUCUAGUGAAUUACCCCUUUUCCUGAAGUUUGGAGGACCAAAAAGUCAUAAUAAGGUAUAUUGCGUCUUAGCAAUGAUUUUUUUUUUUUGUUUGUUUUUGUUUUUUAAAUCUAAUCUUGUUUCCAAAAACCAUGUCUGCCAGGGCCUUAAAAGCCAUCGUGUAAAUUACCAAUAAAGUAUAACAUAUGCAAACAUAACAAAAUCACUUCCACAGUGACGAUACUCCAAUCAUAUGGAUAUUAGUCAUAGAAACUAGAGGCUUUAUGAUAUUUUUUUAAAUUUUUUUUAAAUCUAGAUAGUCUGCACUUAAAUAUCAACCAUUUUCCUUUUUUUUUGCUUCUUCCCUUAAAAUUUAUAUGUAUCCAAUACAUUUAAUUGAGAAAUGUAUGUUUUUUAUUAUGCUGUAUUUUCUUUUUAUUUUUUAAUUAUUGUUUAUAUUUUCAAUUAAAAAUGUACAAAAUAAAAUUACAUUGCUGGUCUUGUAAGAGCUCUACAAUUUUCCUAAAUGUAUCUAUAACUGCAGCAUUUCACCUAUUUGAAGAAGUUGGAUUCUGUUCGUUUGUUUAAGACCACCUCAGAUUUAAAGGCUCCCUAUUGUACCUUUAAAGUGUAUUAUAACAGUGUGGUAGUUAAUAAAACACUAUUUUUUUUUUCUUUUGAGUUUGUUGUAGUCCGAUGCAUUUAAAAUACUGCAGUGAUAUGGAUAAGAAAGUCUGGUUUAAUUUUUCUUUACUUUAGCCUCUUAUUUUUAGAUUCUUGAUUUCAGAUGCUGGGAUUGUAAACAAAUAUUUACUUUAAAAAAGGUGUACAGAGGUGCUGGCAAUAUAAUUUUUCACUUAAUGAAUUUAUUAAACAUAACUUGAAAAAGUCCUAA